UUGGUUGUUAAGUUUCCUGGCGGAAUUGCAAAACUGCGAUAAGUUUUUUCGCACUGUCGUUUCUUGGUCGUGCGCGUAGUGAGUGAGAGGGACGUAAGUCUUAUAAGGUUUUUUACUGGCAAUAGGUUUAUUAUACUUCUAAUGGUGUAAAAGUGUCAAAUUUUCGGCACAAUUAUUGCUCUAACGGUUUUUGACCAACUCAAGCUUUUUCUACCGUAUCUGUAGUCCCAGCUUAGAUAUUGAAAUGUCUAGCGCUUUAGAAACGGUUAUUUAUAAUGAAUCCUCACCGAUUUAUGUGUAAGGUCUGCAAUGUAUGGUGUGACACUGAAAAUGUUCUACGAAUGCACCAAAUGGGGAAAAGACAUCGCUCUAAAUGCCUUGCUCUAGAUAGUUUGAACAUAGGGGAUCACAAUAAUUAUCCUCUAAAAGUUUCCUUACCAACUCUAAUGACUCCUGAUUCAGGAUCACCAAGGGAUUCAUUUGCAGAUACAGGUUUUUGUUCUACGGUGGCUAUGAAAAAUUCAAACCGUGAUCAAGAAUCACCUUUUAAUAUGAAUUUCGUUGAUUCCAGUUCAGAUAGGACAAAGCCAGAACAUCCGUCGACUGAUUCUGAAGUUUCUUUUACUUGCAGUACAUGUGAUGUACAAUUGAAUUCUCCAGAUCAAUAUACUUCUCAUAUUCGUGGCCGAAAGCAUAAAAGUAAAUUAAACUCUAGUCCAACCUCUAAUCCCUCGUCGAGCCAUAAAGUUACACAAUCCAGUGAAGGAAGCUCAACAUCUGUAUUUUAUUAUUGCAAUACCUGCCAGUUUGUAAUAUUCAAUUCAAUGAAACUGAAACAUUUAGAAUCAGAAGAGCAUCAAUUGAAUGUUCGCAAGUUAGAAAAAAGGUCACUAUCAUUAGGUCUACGUGUAGAGAAUUCCUCACACUUACGUAAGUAUGAACGAUCCUGUCGGAAAGUAUUGGUGCCUGUAUAUGAGUCAAUUAAAUUCACACCUGCUGAAGCUCAGCUAUUGGAGGAUUCUGCAAAAGGUGAUCAAGAUUGUAUUUUGUUGUUGGAUUCAUUUGACGGUCGAGAUCGUAUUGCAAUACACCUGGCAAACGCCUUAUUAAUAGCUAAUUGUAAUCUAUUAACUACUGACUCAUCAAACUCCUCCAUUCCUACCUGGGUAGUAUGGGUUCUUCCUAAAAGAGAAAAUUCCCCAAGAAAUUCUGUUUCCGUUUUCGGAUCUGAAUUAAAUAAUAAAAGUGAUAAUCCAUCUCAACGUCCAUUAAAAAUUGCAUACCUACCUUGUGAUUUAAGAAUAUUAUCACAAGUUGAUUUGAUACUUACAACCUCUGAUUUAUUUGUUGAACAUUUAUCAAGUUUAUUAAUGCAACAAAAGUUUAUUUGUGCCAUAAUUAUUCAUGAUGUCAAUGUGGCAGUAAAAGAUGAAAAGUUUUGCAAACUUCUCUCACAUUAUCGUCAAUAUUUCAGAAAUCAAACUAAUCGAGCACGAAUUAUAUGUUUUGCUCAGACGAAAGUAGAGAAUCACAGUGUUUUUUCAUCGUUCACACAUUACAGUUGAACAAGAAGAAAGUCAUAUAUUUCUUUUUUUUUUUAUACAAACAAUCAAGAAAAAAAUGUUUCAUAGAUUAAUUAUUUAUUAUCUGAACAAGAUGAGAUAAUAAAUCCUUUGCAAUUUUCUACCAUAUUUUUUGAAGUUUUAUUUAUCAUUGAACAGAUGGGCUUUUCAUCAUUCUUUUUUUUGAUUCGUUUUAUAGAAAAGAAGAAAAAAAACAAACUUGUGUUACUUUUCGUUUUAUUUUAUUAUUUAUGCUUUAUUUGUGCAUACAUAGAGUUCUAAUUUUUUUGUUUUUCGCCUCUUCUGAAAAUUCGUUUUUUCAUUUUCAUUUUUCCUUUUUUUUAUGUAUAUAGCAAAAAUUUUUAUGGAUGAAA